AUGCCUCCCAAAUGGACUUCUUCCACCCAAAAGCGCGCUAACCAGCGGACGGAAACUGCAUCUACGGACUUCGUGAUGCGUACCCGCAGUGGUUUGCCCAUCAACCAGCGCAUGAACAACGCUAAAACGUCACUACCACCCACUAAAAAAAUCAAACCUAUCCCCUUGCCGAGGAGGACCUCGGUCACGAACUUCGAUGACUACAGCGCCCUCCUUUCCCGGCGCGCAAAAAUUUCCACUGCUACCACAGAUCCGCGCAUUGACACUGAGUCUGAAACCCAAGACCACCCCAAGAUCGACGACCCUGUCACAGAAGAUGAGAGCAACGGUGAAGGAGAAGUGGAGGCUCACAAGGGCGAUCCUGUAGAUGAUCCCAAGGUCUGUGAAUCCUUACCCGUCUCUGAUACUCCAGAGGAUGAAGACGCUUCCUCGGAUGGCACCCCUUCCACAGACAACAACUACCCAUAUGCAAAUCGACGAGCAAGGUUACGAGCUGAACAUCGUGCAAAGCUUGCUGCACGUGAUCUUUUUCCUCCAGACGAGGAGUCUGACAAAGGUGACGAUGAAUAUCAAGAAGAUGAAGAAGACGAGGACGAAGAAGUUCCUGUGCCUCCGUCGAAGGCGAAGUUGUUCAAGAAGCGUGCGCUCUCCAACGCUCCCCCCAAAAACUCCACAGUUAUAGAGACUUCCUUGACCGCCCCGGUACAACGCCGUGCAAAGCUUGCUGGGCGUGAUCUUUCUCCUCCGGAAGAGGAGUCUGACGGGGAUGACGAUGAAUAUAAAGAAGAUGAAGAAGCCUCUGACGAAGAAGCACCCGCGCCUCCAUCAAAGGCGAUGUUGUUCAAGAAGAGCGCGCUCUCCAACACUCUUCCCCCAAGCGCUCUGCCAAAAAACUCCAUGGCAAUGGAGACUGCCUCGCCCACCCCGCAACUUUAUUCAUUUGAUGAUGUCGGUGAAGACCUUCCCAUUGCUUCUAGACCUGGGCGGCUGUGCCAGGAAGGUGUAGAUGAUGCGCAGGAGCUCGGGCGCAAGACACUUGAGGCUGCCAAGGCAAUUGGGGACAAGUAUGGAAAAUCUGCACGUACAAUACUCAUUGAGGCCGGGUUGUCUGUGAAGCACUCCAGGGCCGAGACCCCAUGGAACAUGCACCAAGGAUGGUACAAGGGUAAAUAUCCUCGAGAAAAAGAUGAACAACUCAGUGAUUGGAGAAAGAGGCAGCGCGACCACUACUACAGCCUCCCAGAUGAUGACCCGCUGUGGGAUGAUGUACAAGCAUACUACGACUUUCACUUAGGCGGUGCCAAUAACAAUCAGUCGCGUGCCAGCAUCGUUAUGUCUACAAGGGACGCACUCGCUAAGCGUUUUGCAGCUUAUUCUCGUCUAGAAGGCAUUGAGGUCAUUGGCUGUGUCUUCGAUUCGACUCCUGAUGAGGCGGCCCGACAGGCCUCUGGUUUUGUCGCAGGCUCUUCCACCUUUAUGGAUCUCAUCAAUGAACGCCAAGUGGACGCCUGCCUCGCCUUAGAUUGGAUUAUCACUGCAGCGAAAGCAAAAAACUACCAGCUAGUACUGCCGCGGUUCAGUGGGGCUUAUGAUAUUUUGUUUUCGAAGCCUGGUGAAGCCCCACGGGAUCGUUACCGACGUAUCUGGUCAGUCAUGGUGCUUGAGAAGCUAGAACAAUUCGGCUAUAAAACCAAGUCUGUCCAGUGGCAGAAGCUACUCGAUGUUGCAUACCAGAACAAGUUUCAAUUUGAACUCUGGCCUGAUGGUGUUCAUCCGGUUGGCCCAGACUUCAACUACCACACCCUCAGCGCUCAACAUCUGAAGCUACUCGUCGUGCCUUACAUCAAGCGCAGGGCAACACCGUAUUAUGACGCCGAACUGAAGACAGAAGCUACUAAUCUACUCGAACUUCGGCGCAAGCAAGGACGCAGUGAUAAGACUCUUGAUGAUAUCAUUGACGAGUUGGAUGUCACUGUGUCCGAGAUUGAUAUUGUUCCUUGGCCGCAAGAUCACAUUGACCAAUGUGAAAAUGACGACCCUAGGAUGUUCGAUAUUCCUUUGGUCACCAGUGCUUCCCACAUCGUGCUCCGCAAACUAGCAGACUCCGAGAAAUUCAAGUACUCCGUCCCAAAAACGUUGCUGGAACAGUACAAGGAAGCAACAUCAACCAGUGGUUUGAAUGUUGGCCCCCCUUCUGGAGAAAGGCAGCGUGAAGAUACUACUCGUGAUUGCCGGCCUCAACAACAGACUCACCAUGCUGCUCGUGGAUUUUCUGUUGUUCACGAGGACCACCACAGCAACAAUGAUCCGCCCCGUACAGAACACCACUCAGCGGUGCUUCAGCCGCAGAGGAUGCAGCCUCGCAAGCGACUGCAUGUAGAGGAUUAUGAUCAAACAUUUGAAUCUGAGGCUGAUAGCUUGAAUGCACCAGACUCUCGCAUCAGGAAAAAGUCGAAGGUUGUACGUUACGAUGGUGCUCCGCGCAUUGUCCCAGCUCAUCCUCUUCCUCUUCCUCGACCUCGCGCACCUACCCCUGGCUAUGAGCCACCUCAACACUGGCGUAAUGAGGUACGGCAGAUGUCUCCACAGCAUGUUCAAGCUUAUGGGCAUAAUGUGGCCCAUUCUCGCCAUGAUUUUUCGGCUGCAGGCCCUUCAAGAGUGGUUGCAAGGGGACGUGAGAAAUAUGCUUAUGGCCGGAACACUCCGUCUCCUGAUUAUGGUGGCCAUUCAUAUGAUCGUGAUUUUGAUUACCGUGACUAA